AUGAACCUAAUGACGAUGCUAGUGAUAUCCUGCGUUAUUUGUCAAUCGGAUCCGAUAAAAGUCAGAAUAGUCUCGAAGGUUGACGCACAGAAAUAUCUGUCUUUAUUUGACGAAGAGGUGAGACUUACGACGAAAGAAAAAAUAAAGGAUAACGGAGGAUGCUCGAAGUUCAUUGUGGACGAGGUCAGGACAGAAAUACUGCAAAACAACAAGCGGAUAUGCAAGAGGCAUAGCUUUUCUAAGGCCAUGGUAUGUACCCGUGAAAGCAAGAACUCGACGUGGGAAGUCGUACUCGAUAAAAAGUCUAAGUUUGUGAGUUUCAAGCUAAACGGAGAAGACGGAGGAUGUCUUUCAAGUAAUGGAUCGGAAUCCACAGACGCAUUGGGAAGUGUUCUGAGCAUAAGAGAGUGCGAUGAGAACUCCGAUGCUCAAAAGUUUUGGAUUAAGCUAGUGGUAAAGAGAAGGGUGUGA